GAAUGCAUGUCGCAUACCAUCGAAUGGUCGAUUGACUUUUGGCUUUUCCCAUCUUUUACCUGAUUUCCCAGAAUUUCCUCAAUCUCCCACAUUAUUUGCUUUCCAGACGGUUGUGCAAUAUGCUGUUACAACGCUUCGUAAUCUUCUAAUGCAUGUGGAUACCGUCAAGGCGCAGGCACGUGUCCUAGGAGCAAUAGAAGCUCUCGCGCCGUUGCUUCUCAGAAAUAAUUGGAAAUUCUUGGCAUUGGUUGCUGACAGUCUCUACUUUCUCCUGCUUGAUGAUCCGCAGUCAAAAAUCGUAUUCUUGUCACUGGGAGGGCCACAAACAUUGGUACACAUCCUCAAUAACUACUCACAAUAUCCAAAGCUAAUGUAUACUGUAAUCCGAUGCAUAAGAUCACUGUCGGUCUGCCAACAGAACAAGGCGGCACUUAUCAGUCUAGGAUGCCUCCCUGCGUUGUACAAGGAAAUGUGCACUGCGGCAGAUGAUCGUGUGCUGCUAGCAAUUCUUGUUGCUUUGAGAAAUUUGUCAGAUGCAGCCACUAACGAGGACAACUUAGCGCCAUUGGUAAUUCGCUUGCUUGAAAUAGUCCGUGUCGCAGAUGCAGCCCAAACUUCGUGUGCUUGCGGAAUACUGAGUAAUCUGACUUGUAAUAAUGUUCGAAAUAAGCAAACGCUGUGCACGAACCAUGGUGUGGAGUCUCUAGUGGAAGCCAUAAACCGCUUCCCCGAUGUUGAAGAAGCUACUGAACCUGCGCUCUGUGCUUUACGUCAUUGUACUGCAAGACACUCAUAUGCUGAGCAGGCACAACAAGAUCUUCGCCUUUGUAGAAGCUUCCCAAUGCUUCUCCAGCUAUUGGCUACUCUACGUGCUCCAGUAAUCAAGGCCGCUCUUGGAGUAAUACGCAACUCUGCGCUCCUACGGGCAAAUCUCAUGGAGCUAACGCAGGAGGUAACUGAAAGAGGCGAAACAGUUGUCUCUUUGACCGUGGACAUUCUCGCCCACGCUGCGGCCACAAUUCGUGAAGAUCCGGCUGCAGAAAGUGAUGGCGUGCCAAUAUGGGGUGUAGUUGAAGGUGCCGUAUCCGCUUUGCACCAACUGGCAUCGCAUCCAGCAGUGGCAGCUCAUCUGUGCGAGGAUCCGGCUUUCUUAACCCUUAUAGUCGAGUUUCUCUCCAGAAGCGAUGUUUCUGGUGCUGAAGACGAAUUGCUUGAGCGUGAAUUGCUUGGGCUUCUCUACCAGCUUAGUAAGACUCCCGAAGGAGCGCGUACAGUUGAAGAAGCUGGCGUCACACCGAUCUUGGUCGAGGCCAUGCGAUCGGAACACAAAUCCGUUGCUACUUAUGCUUCUGGUGUACUGAAGAAUUUGGAGAACGACAAGCCAGCACCAUAUAGACAGGUACGGUGGAAUUGUAUUGAAAAUGUGCGUUUAAAGGAAUUAGGUAAAUAG